UGGACUUAUCGGUUUCAAGUGAAGGAUCAGAUUGGAGCGUAGCAACUAUGAUUCUGAACCUAUGCUGCGUUCAUGCGGUAUAACAAUUAGCAAUAGCUUUACUCAAGUUGAAGGCCGUGUUCUACCGGCUCCUAAGCUAAACGUGGGCAAUGGAGAGGAUUUCUUCCCCCGCAAUGGACGGUGGAGCUUUCAGAAUAAGAAAUUUGUUGAGCUAGCUAAGAUACAGAAAUGGGCUGUGGUGAACUUCUUUGCUCGGUGUGACAUGCGUGGGCUUAUAAGAGACUUGACUAGAUUAGCUGAAAUGAAAGGACUUCUCACCGAACAACCUUUUGACGUGUUUGAGGAAAGCCCCCAAUUCAGAAGAGCCCCUCCUGCUGUUAGAGUGGAUAAAAUGUUUGAGGAGAUACAAAGGCUAAACUACCGGGGUGCCGCUCUUCCUCAAAAGACUAAAGUAUAUCCUUUCAACCCCGAUGCGCAUUCCUAA